GACUUCUCAUGAUGGACAAGCCAAAAUUACAUUGAUUUGUCUGGAGGAUACCCUUAGAACUGAUGCCGACGAGAGCACCCUCAAGAGUCACAAUUGUGGACUCGGUGAAUUCUUUCGCAUUAUCAAUGGAAAAAUUGAGAAAACGAAUUUUAUAAAAACCGAGGUUUUUGAAAAUGUUGCAUAUGUUCCCAAUCUACGUGUGAAGCUGGAACGCAUAAAUGGAACUCCAUUCUUUGUAUCUGCACUUCUUCCGAAAGCAAUGUGUCGUGACCUGAAUCUGCCAAAUGGAAACUACACUGUUACCAUGAAUUCAUUGUUGGCCCCUGAACAACUUCCAUUAGGGGAGUUAGUUCAUUUCGAGGCAACCAAUGUGAGAAGCUUAGACGCCCCGAAUCUCAAUGAUUUCCCGCUGAUUGAUCUAGCGAUUCAUAAAAAUUUGGGAGAUUUGAUUGGAGAAUUGCCAGCUGUCCCUGUUCUUCCGGCGCCAUUCGGAGGAGCAAAAUCGCGACCGGUCUCCAGAGCAUCAACAGCUGCGUCGGGUGAUGAUGAACUAGUGAAAGGUGUUGGCUUUCAGAAGAAGAAAUACCCAAACAAGAAACCCAAAAAUAAUCAAGGGGUCGUUGGAAAAGGGUUCCCGGUGAAAAAGGAAGAGAACCAAGAGAAAAAGCCGAUUGUGGGAGCAGGAUUCGAAGUUCCAAAGAAAGAAGGAAAUGUUAUUGUUGGAGAAGGAUUUGUUGCGAAUGUAAAAUCUCAAGUUCUGAGAGGAGUUGUUCUGACCAUCACUCAGAAUCCGAAAAAUGGAGUGAACACUCAUUUCUUGUGGAUCUUGGAUAGACAAGCAGAAGGACGAUUUGUCACUAAAGAAUAUAAGCUUGCACCAGGACACUUCUUUGAGGGGACUUUUACGCAAAGUCCCAAUCAAAAAUGGAACUGUGAAAAGUACGGAAAACAAGUCCCAAAGCCAGCUGCAAUUGAUGGUGGAUUGGACUACGAGGGAAAGAUCUGGUUCACAGUUCACAUAAAUCAAUUCCAACCAGCUGGAGGGAAUCGAAGAUUCGCUCAAGCCACGGCGAGAUAUUUUGGAAACGUUGUUGAAGGUGAACUCGACGGAACCAAACUGACAUCAAGCUGUAAUGGAAAGAAAGUCAAGAUUCAACGACGAGGAGUUGGAGAGAAGGAUUACGUCUGGAUGGUUUUGGAAAUUCUUCCUACUCAAGCUUAA